AUGCCUCCGAAGAAAGCGACGGCUGCCCAGAAGGGCAAGUCCACAGCGCCCGGUGAGACUAGUCAGGUCCGCAGAGUCACUAGGGCCCGUGCUCAGCCUGAGCUGGAGACUGUGCCUCCGACAGCCAGCUCGGCGACGCCACCUGUAUCAGAGGGGAUUAGAGCCGUACCGGUUGCAGACCAGAGGGCGGCUUCACCGCCAGUUGUGGGAGCCCCAGCACCUCAGCCUCUAGCCCCACAGCCAGGGGCGGAGGACAGAGCUAUGCGAGAGGCGGUGCAGUUAUUGACCAGGUGGGUGGCAGCUCAGGAGCAGCUGUUAUAG